UAUCUUUUGCAGUCUAACAGAAUGUGUUUCGCCCUGCUAUGCCCUUGUAGAUUUACCCAAUAUGCCAGCAUGAUCUUAACCCUCCUGAUACACAAUGGCAUCUCUCCUGUUUCAACCUGUAAUGCAGUCACUGGUGAUGUUUAAAUGCUCUAGUACAGAUCCGAAGUGCUUGUGCCUGUUCUACAUCAAGCUUUUUAAGAUUUGAUUGUGAUGCUGACAUAUAUUCUAGGCAGCCAUAAUCAAAGGCGGCCCUCUUAAGAGCCUGAUAUAUAUUUAUGAGCAAUGCCCUACUUGCUCCCCACUCUCGCCCGGACAGACAUCUCAGAACAUUACUAAUCUUUUUACAUUUGUUUUUAAUUUUAUCAAUAUGCAGACCCCAGGUCAGCUUACCUAUACGCCUACCAAAAUAAGGGUCCUUAAAUAAUCGGGUAGCUCCCACCCUAUUGGUCUGCCGAAGCCACACCCCGAGCAGAGCCAAUAGGAUAGUUAAAUCACUUAUCAUGUCACAUUAGUGAACAACUCAUUAGUUAACAUUAGUAAACAAUUAGUAAACAUUAGUAAACAACACAUUAGUAAACAACAAUUCUCUGGAUUUUAAACAUCAGUUACUAACAAAUUUGUAGCUGAUUAUUUUGUUUGUGAAUAACAAUAAUUGACAUGUGUUAUCCUUUUUGAGCUACUAAGGCUACUGAAGACAGAAAUGUGAAUAUGUGAAAGUGAAACUAACUUUACCGCAGUCUCUUUCCUAUGUAAGUGCAGUACAGAGAGGAUAAAUUGCUGCUAGUAUGUUGUAUUGUAUGUGAUUAAAUGCAUUAGAGAAUCAUGAACACAUAAUACUGAUGAAGUUUCAGCAAAAGGAUAGAUUAGAGUUUAGAUUCGCGAGUCAGCUCCCAACGUUCACCAAAAGAUCCGGAUCAAAGAGUCGACUCAUUCCUGAACGACUCAUCACCUGCAAUGAAUCCUCCUUCCUAAAGUGAAAGCGUUUCUCCCUCAGACUCCAUUUUGUGGAGCGAUUUUAAACUUUUAAAGAAACUAAGGCAGAAACGGUGAUAUUAAUGUCACACAACAAGGGCUGUUGACUAAAGGAGUGUGAUCCAUUCCAGCAGAAGAGAUCAGACUCUUCAGGACUCAACUGUGUGUUUGUGCAAACUUUACUAAUUUUCAAAGAUGGAGACUCCUGAUCUGGACACAGAUAAUGUUUCCCCACCUUCAGAAAAAAAACGUAAACUCCAGGGAAAGAGAUCAGAAUCACCAGCACCCAGCUGUAUCUCCAUGAAGAGUGAUAAGUCUAUGCAUCUUCCUCUGAUGUUUAAAGAUGGACACUCGUCACUUCUACACAGUGUUCUACAGAGAGCAGUAGACAGAAUAGAAAAGAAAAUCAGUGCAGAUACAGGGCACGACCCAGAAUCUGCUGCUGUGAAUGAAUUCCUGAAAAAGUUUAAAUUAAACCUGAUGAAGAAGUUUAAGUGUUUGAAUGGAGUGAUAAUAAACCUGGGAAACCAAACACUCCUGAAUGAGAUCUACACAGAGCUCUACAUCACAGAGGGAGACAGUGGAGAAGUCAAUAAAGAACAUGAGGUGAGACAGAUCGAGGCAGCAUCCAGGAGAACAACAACAGAGGAAACACCAAUCAAAUGCAAUGACAUCUUUAAGCCCUCAUCUGAACAAGACAAACCCAUCAGAACUGUGCUGACAAAGGGAGUCGCUGGCAUCGGAAAAACAGUCUCUGUGCAGAAGUUCAUUCUGGACUGGGCUGAAGGGAAAGCAAAUCAGGACAUCCACCUCAUAUUUCCACUUCCUUUCAGAGAGCUGAAUCUGAUGAAGGACCAGAAACUGAGUCUGAUGGAGCUCCUUCAUGUCUGUUUUAAUGAAACAAAAGAAACAGAAAUGUCCAGUUUGGAAAAGGUUCUGUUCAUUUUUGAUGGAUUGGACGAGUGUCGUUUUUCUCUAGAUUUCCAGAACACAGUGAGAGUGUGUGAUGUAACUGAAUCAGCAUCAGUACAUGUGCUGCUGAUAAACCUGAUCAAAGGGAAUCUGCUUCCCUCUGCUCUCAUCUGGAUCACCUCUCGACCAGCAGCAGCUGAUCAAAUCCCCUCUGAGUGUGUCCAUCGAGUCACAGAGGUACGAGGGUUCAAUGACCCACAGAAGGAGGAGUACUUCAGGAAGAGAAUCAGUGAUCAGAGCCUGGCCAAUAACAUCAUCACACACCUGAAGUCAUUAAGAAGCCUCUACAUCAUGUGCCACAUCCCAGUCUUCUGCUGGAUUUCAGCCACUGUUCUAGAGAGAAUGUUGGGUGAAGCAGAGAGUGGAGAGAUCCCCAAGACUCUGACUCAAAUGUACACACACUUCCUCAUCAUUCAGACAAACAUCAUAGGAGAAAAAUACUCAAAGAAGCAGAAGAGUGAUAAAAUGCUUCUUAAACUGGGACAACUGGCUUUUCAGCAGCUGAAGAAAGGGAACCUGAUCUUCUAUGAGGAAGACGUGAGAAAGUGUGGCAUUGAUGUGAGAGAAGCAGCAGUGUACUCAGGUGUGUGUACGCAGAUCUUCAGAGAGGAGUUUGGGCUUCACCAGAGUAAAGUGUACUGCUUUGUUCAUCUGAGCAUUCAGGAGCACCUCGCAGCUCUGUAUGUGCACCUGACAUUCAUGAUGAAAAAGAGAAAUGUUCUUAAUCAGAAUCAGGUCUCUAAAUGGUGGAUGGAAAAAAUGACAAUCUCAGAGGUACACAAGAGUGCUGUAGAUCAGGCUUUAGAAAGUCAGACUGGACAUCUGGAUCUUUUCCUUCGCUUUCUUCUGGGUCUCUCAGUGAAGUCCAAUCAGAAUCUCUUACAUGCGUUAGUAACACAGGCAGGAAGUAGCUCCCAGAGCAUAGAAGAAAGAGUUCAAUACAUUAAGGAGAAGAUCAGUGAAGAUCUUCCUACAGAGAAAUCCAUCAAUCUGUUCCACUGUCUGAAUGAACUGGGUGAUAAUUCUCUAGUGGAGGAAAUCCAACACUACCUGAAAUCUGGAAAACAAAGUGAAUUCUCUUCUUCACAGUGGUCUGCUCUGGUGUUUGUGUUACUGACAUCAGCACAGGAUCUGGAAGAAUUUGACCUGAGUAAAUAUACCAGUACAGAUAAAAUACCAGAAACUGUUCUUCUGAAGCUGAUGCCUGUGAUUGCAGCAUCCAGAAAAGCAAUUAUCAGGUAUGAUUCACUUGGAGUGAGAAGUUGGUCAGCUCUGGUCACAGCACUCAGCUCAGAAACCUCCAAUCUGAGAGAACUGCAUCUGACUGUGAAAACACUGGAUCUGUGUGGGGGUAAACUAGGAGACUCAGGAGUGAAGAGUCUCUGUGCUGUACUGGAGAAUCCUCACUGUAAAGUGGAGACACUGAGGUUGCGUGGUUGUGGUGUGUCAGAUGAAGGCUGUGCUGCUCUGACUUCAGCACUGAGAUCAAACCCCUCACACCUGAGAGAACUGUCUCUGUCCUGUAAUAAUGUAGGAGACUCAGGGGUGAAGAGUCUCUCUGCUAUACUGGAGAAUCCUCACUGUAAACUGGAGAUACUGAGGUUGUGUAAGUGUGGUGUUUCAGAUGAAGGCUGUGCUGCUCUGACUUCAGCUCUGAGAUCAAACCCCUCACACCUGAGACAACUGGAUCUGUCCUGUAAUAAUGUAGGAGAGUCAGGAGUGAAGAGUCUCUCUGCUGUACUGGAGAAUCCUCACUGUAAACUGGAGACACUGUGGUUACUUGAUUGUGGUGUCUCAGAUGAAGGCUGUGCUGCUCUGACUUCAGCCCUGAGAUCAAACCCCUCACACCUGAGAGAACUGAAUCUGUCCUAUAAUAAAAUAGGAGACUCAGGAGUGAAGACUCUCUCUGCACUUAAGGAUGAUAAACAUUACAAACUACAGACACUGAGUGUGUGAUGAACAUCUGUGUGUGUGAUGAAGACUCCGGUGUUCCUGCAUUUCACUGUUGGGGAAUAGAGAACACAUUUAUAAACACAUCACUCAUUUAAUUAUAACACAUUAAACAGACUCAGAGACGUGAGAAGUGUGUGUUCAUCAUGCACAGUGAAUCAGACUGCACACAAUUCUACACUGAGUGUAGAACGACCUCUGACCCCUGGAUAAAAUUCCCCAGAUCUCAUUCUCAUAAAACACCUGAGGGAUUAUUAGGAACAGCAGGUGAAAAAGCACAUGACCUCGAGCUGAACCCAGUCAGUGGAAGAGAGAGCUAAAAUGGACAGCAACAGUUUCAAGACAUUGGUGGAAUUCUCACUUGGCAUGAUUGGCAUCUGAGGAGUUUUAAUGAGUAUUUAACAGGAAUUUUAUAACAAAAUAAUUUUGAACACAAAUUUAUGUAACAACCAAAUAUAUUGUUACAUUGUGUAUUUUUGUAGAGAAAAGUAAAAAUAUAAAUCACCCCAACAUGCUGAGUCAACAUCAUAACCCAACCUUGAUGAGAUAAAACAGCCCAGACUGAGUCGGUCCACAUUGUACCCAGCGCUGGAUUUCAGAAUCGACCCAAACUGGGUUCUGUGUAACUCAGCAAUUUUAGUGUGGACCUUUUUGAGGAGACUCAACUGGGAAUGAGUGUAUAUGAGCACAAACACCUUCUUUCUGUUAUCUUUUUACAUGCUUCCCUUUCUCAUCAUACAUACAUACAUACAAGAGAUGAUCUUCUCUUGUAUGUAUAUGAGCACAAACACCUUCUUUCUGUUGUGUAUCAGUUGGUUUUUUACAUGUUUCCCUUUCUCAUCUUUUUUAGGCAGGUCAGUAGUGGAAUCUUUUUUCAUGUGUACAUUGUAGACUGUUUUUUGACUAAUUAAUAGCGUACUUAAAUAAAAUGCCUUGUACAUCCUAACCUUUUCACCUUUUACAUUUAAUUUAAAAAAAAUUCACUAACUAAACACUCAGUGGUCAUUGUGAUUUAAUUAUAUUUCCUGUUCUGGUCUGCACAAUACUCCAUAGCACACUUCUCUCUUUCUCCCCAUCAGCUAUUACUGUGAGGCAGUUUUUGGAAUUACUGACAGAUUUGUGCGGCACUUUCACUUUGGAUGAACUGAAAUGUUUCGCUGAUGCAGUAUUUUGUGUUUUAUACAUUCCCAUGAAGAUGGAUUGCAUGUUCUCUUUCUAGUUAGUUAACAUUACUCAUUACUAGUCAGCUGGUGUCUUAUGCACAGUUUGUUUCAGAUCAGUGCUGGGACAGAUUAUCCAAUGGGCAUUAUGGCUAUGGGUCCAGGGGCCAAUGUCUAAAGACAAACUGCCAUAAUUAGUUCUGAAUGGAUAACUACAAUAUGGCCACAACUCAGACGUUAGUUCCAUAUCACUCGUUGCCAAGCUAGCACAUCUCAGCAUUAUGCUGAGCCUUAUAUUUGUAAAAUCACUUAGUUGUCCUUCGCCCAAAUGUAGUGUAAAGGAACGAAAUGCAACUUUCCUCACUUUCACUCGCAUUUAUAACAGUCUGUCACAACGUGAGGGUUCACAACGAACUCGGUGGGAGGAUACGCAAGUGAAUGUAACGUUAAUUAUCAAAAACUGGAACUGACGUUAGCCUAGCCUACUUCGUGGGUGUGCGAAUAUCAAAAGUUAAUUUACGUUCUUAAGAACAAACCAAGCCAUGGUAUGAUGCCUUCUAUACUAAGCUAAGGUUACCUACUACGUAGGUAUCUAGUUACUUACUGUCUGAAAAAAAGCUCGUAUGCUCUGCUACACUUUUCUACGCUUGGCUGCUGUCUCCAUUUCUUACAGACUGAGCUGCUAAAAUAUAUCAACAAACUUGUGUUGAGUUUAGGCGCAAUCAAGCGUACAAUUGUAGGUAGGGCACACACCUAUUUCCUUAACAAACGGAAAUAUAUUAAAAAGGAACUGAAAUAAAUAAAUAGAAUAGAUGAAGAAAAGACAGAUCCAUUUUCAGGGUUCAUUAAAGGGGGACAUAUAGAAAAUAUUUUGUACUGUAUAUUGGGGAGACAGAUUGGUAUUUACUCAACAUUGGGAGGGUCACGACCCCCAACCCAAAGAUUGCGUGGUUACGCCCAUGCUGGUUGUCAGCUGUGGCCAGGGUUAUUCUGAUGGCAAUUCUUCUCGUGGCUUCUAACCUAAAACAACGAAAUGAACACAUUCAGUAGUGUUAUGAUUUGAUAUGUCUAAAAUGUUGCAUAGCAAUCUCUUUACAGGUGAGGGAGACAAAAUUCUGUUAAAACUGAAAGGCAUUCACCCAAGUCUCUUUUGAACCUAAUAUUUUCAUUUGUACCUGUUUAUGUCAUCGUUAUUGGUGUGAACUUUUACUCAAACGUUAAAGUGGGUGAAUUUGGAUAGUUGUUACUCAUUGUGCAUAUGUGUAAAUGCAAACAUCAUACUGCUCGAUCUCUACACAUGAGCUCAUAAUGUAACUCAUAAAGAACUUUGUUUGCAUGGCGACUUUGUCACACACACAUCUCAGGCACAGCUUAGAGAUCAUGUACUCACAGCAGGAAAAAAUACCCUCUAUUCUUGUUUUACUGUGACGUCAAGUAAUGUAAGUUAUCUCAUGACAUAUAUUGAUUGUUUUUAUUAGGAUCUUUGAUAUUAUUGUGAUAUUGUCUGCAGCUUAAAUCAAAACUCUUUGUUAAUUAUGCGUGACUUUUGGCACCUGAUUGCGCGCGCAUUUACGCUUUUCAUCCGGAUCAACUGGUUAGGUAGGUGAUGAUUGUUCCAAAUCAGUUCACUUGACCCUUUCUCCCUCACCAACCAAAUUUAUAGACUAUAUAUGUAAAAUGUUCUGCUAGCUACAUGUUUUAAGUUAAAACAAUGGUGUCACCCACUUAACAGUGUGUGUAGUGUAAACGCAAACACUAAAAUAUAGCUAUUGCUCGAUCUCUUUAGAGACGAAGCCACGUAAGCUUAAAAAAUAAAAAUGACUCGAGUAUGAGCUCAUAAUCUAGUGUCGUUUCCAGGAUCGUCACACGGGCAUCUCAGUCACAGAUCAGAGAUCAUAAAAAUGCCCUCUAUUCAUGUUUUAUUGUGACAUCAAGUAUGUAAAGUGAAUUAUAUUGUUAUUUUAUGUACUUUGAUAUUGUUCUGAUAUUAUUGCCCGCAGCAUAAAUUUGGAGAGUUGUUACAUAAAGCGUAAAGCUAAAGAAGCUUUUUGUUUAUUACGCUCGAUAUUUGGAACUCCAUUAUGCGUUUGAUCAUCCGGAUCAAAGUGUGUGACCCAAAGCUAUAAUGCUGACAGACAGGUACAAAUUAUAAUCUGUUGUAUAUCUAUCUAUCUGUCUAUCUCUCUGUCUGUCCUUAUAUCUAUCUGUCUGUCUAUCCAUCUAUCUGUCUGUCUAUCCAUCUAUCUGUCUGUCUAACUCUGUUCGUCCAUCCGUCAGUGUGAGAAUAAUAAAUGUUUUUGUUUUUGCUGAUUGUUUAUAACUGCUAGAAUAAUGCACUUGCCUGCUUUGCUGUUUUUGCAUGAUAUGGGGCAUGUUUUAGGGUCACAGCAAUCAUUUCCUCCACACUCUGGGAUUUUGGUGUGGGUAUGACUUACUGCAGGCACCUUGAGUCAAUACAGAGAUCACAGUUAUUUAAACUAGAACUCAGACUAAAGUUCUAUUCAAAAAGCAUCAAUAUUACUCUUGUUUUCAUAAUAGACCAUGGUAUGAAUAUUUAUGUACUGAGAACUAACAACUUUUACAUUUACAAUGUACAUUCUUAUUUAUAACCUGAAAGGAAAUUCUCUUAUAUCAUGUACUCUCUUAUAUUACGAACUGCUAUCAAAUACCUAUGAUGAAUGUAUUCAUUUAAUUACCUUGUAUUCAUUUAAUUACCUCUUUGAAUAAGAAUUGUAAUCCUGGAAAUACACAUGUAUUUUCAUUUCAACACGACACAGGACUCAUUCUGUAUCAUGACUAUGUGCUGUGUGUUUUGGUUAAAUCUGUCCGACACUUGGACCAGUAGAAACCGUCCACGCACUGCUUCUUAUCAAUAUGUAUAAUACUCCUGUUGUGAAUGAAUAAAUCGGACGUCACUGUGAGCAUGCAUGUGUCAGUGUGUGUUCACUUAGGCUCCCCAGAUAUCUGAAAGCCACACUUUCUAGCUCAUAGCAGCACAGAAGUAAAAGUUAAUAGAAGUAAAUAAUUGUAGAAUUGUAGAAUAGGCUAAAGAAAGCAUGACGGAGAUCUGGAGACAUAAAGCCGAGAUUCCUGAGAUGAGUGGAAAUCUAACACAACCUUUCUGCAUUCCAAAUAAUUUUUGAAUCUUGGGGAUUGGCACAGACACAUUAUUAGUCAUCAGUGAGAAGUUUUGAAACGUACAUAUUAUGGCAUCAUUGAUUAGGAAAUCAGUGAAAUUUACGUUUUCCCUUUCUCCCUUUGUAACUGUAAUGUUUCCAUAAGGAGUUAUCUCCAAUUUUUUCAGCAUCCUCCUAAUUCCAUCUCCCAAGCUGCCUCCACUCUGAAGACACAGAUAACGAAUCUACAAACAACAAUCAGCAAUUAAUCACAAGAGUAAAUUGUUUUUAAAUGAUUUCAGGUUAACAGUGACUAGUAAUGUUGCUUGUGUUGUGGCACAUACCAUCUUCUUUCGAAAGUCAGCAUCUUUCAGCUUAUCACACAGCUCUUUUAAUUCCUCCACAGUCUUACAAGGCACCUCUAGCACCUCUAUAAGAUCAGAGACAGAUGUGCUUGGCUGGCUCAUUGACUGCUGCAUUGUUCCGACCGCUGCUGUGAUGUUGUCCUGGAUUUGUUCUAGUUUCAGCAUGAUUCUCCUCUCCAAACUCUCAAAUAACUUGUAGAUUUCUGUCCAGAAUUUGUUUUGAAACAUCAAUGACAUUUCUAAUUACAGCAAUGAAAUU